AUGAAAGAGAUGGAGGACCGACCGCCGCCUACGUACGAGGAAGCAGUGUGAGUCUGAGAUUUUUCAGUUUUCAGUCUGUCGGGAAAAUAAUGAGCCCUCUGUCGCAGCGGAAAUCGCAUCGCCGGCUGAGAAAAUGAAUUGUGUCGCGGCAAAAUCAAAUUGCUUUUCACUUCAGCGACGCGAUUGACAUAGCGAGAUUGCCGUCAUUAUUUUCCCGACAGACUGAUUCGACUUUUGCCUUGCGAUUUUCGGGAUGAAUUUCCAAUUUUUUUUUUGAAAUUUCGUAGUCUGCUGUUACAGUGAGGGACCUGAUACAGUGGCAAAAAACGUACCAUUUUGCAUCCAGGAAGGCUCGUUUUCGCUCUUUUCCUCUAAAAAAGAUCGGGUGCGCUUUUAAAAUCGGAGUUUUUUCACUUGGAGAGGGAGGUAUUUUGCUGCAUUUUUGAUACUUCCCGGAUCCAAAAUGAUACGUUUUUUGCCAAUGGACCAGGUCCCCCAUUCUAUUUUACAGGCUGCAAUUUUAAUAACAUUGUUUUUGCGGAUAUUUUUUCUAACAUUUCGUUUCCCAUACUGUAAAAAACGCGAUGCAAAAAGGUUCGUGUAUAAAAUUAAAGUGUCCAAUUCCGACGAUAAGAACACCUUUCUUGGCGGGGAAAAAUUGAUUUCUCAUGGAAAAAAUACCGUUCAAAGAGGAAGAAACAUUUUUCUUUUGCUUUCAGGACAUCCCAGCCGCAGUCCAGCUAUCCUACUCCAUUGAUCUCACCGUCCAGUCAAGCUGAAAUCUCAGACCCUUCCGAAACUCAAGGAAUCUCAAAAGACACCAACUGCAACUACACCGAUUCCCAACCACAAUGUUAUAUUCCACAAGAGAUCUCGGAUAUAGAAAAGAGAAAGCGUGAGGGCCGUCAGGCCUGCCUGGAAUGUUGCGAUUACUGUUCUUCAUUGCUGUUGUGCUGUGCAAUUUUUGAGUGCUGUAAAUACACAUAAAUAUCGCUGAUAUGAAGGUUUAAAUUGUGAGGAAAGCCGAUUAAUUUUUAAUUCUUUUGUCAGAAGAUACCACAAAAUUUUCAAUUUGGUCGAUUAGACUCGAAAAUUUUAGGCUAACAAGGGAAGUACCCCAAGUGCAACGCUCUGGUUUUCUUUAGAUCUUGCACACAUGUCAGGCAUGAAAUAAAUAUCAAUUUCUGAAAGUUUUAGCUCGCGCUUUGCGGGCGCCGCCGAGAUAUCGAACGAUUUUUGCCGCCGAGAGAGCACACUAAACGUGGAGAGCGGUUAGAGAGAAAAACGCUUUUUGGCCAUAACUUUGGCAGUUUCGUGCGGAAAAAUUUGAUUUUUUGUAGAAAUAUUAUCCUUUACGGUGGAAGUAGGCAUGAAAUUUUUUGUGCCGAAAUUCGGUAAAAAGUAUCAAACUUUCGCCGACUUUCGGUCUAAAAAUCUCGGCUGUUUCUGCAAAGCGCGAGCUAGGAUUUUCGCAUAUAUUAAAAGAAAACAAUUGUUCUAAACGUGCGCCAGGUUUCAUCAAAAUCUACGCGUCGCACUUGGGGUACUUCCCCUGAAAAUUAAAUAUAAAAAAUUAAAGAUAUGAAAUUUCACCAAAAAUGAAGUCGAUGACUAAAGCCCAAAAAAAGUUGAACGCAUGAGAAGUCAAGCUACUUUUAACAACCGCGAUACCUGACUCAUUUGUUUAUCAGUUCUUGUGACGUAAUCUCUCAGAUUUUAAAAGUUGUUACUCUUAUAAAAGGAACUGAAAGCUGAAUAAAGUGCAACGAAGCUAAAAGGAACCUCAAAGUCCCUCGGUUAUUUUUUAAUUUCUUAAUUUUUAUUUUAUUUUUUUCAACAGCGCUUUCACCAGGGAAGUACCUCAAGUGCGACGCUCAGAUUUCGAUGAAACUUGUCGCAACAAUCAUUUUUUUGUAAGACAUACUUACUGCCAUUUAUAGGGAUGUUUCCGGUGCUGCAAUCAGAAGAGUACGUCGAUUCCCAACCACAAUCGCACAACGAAGCCACAUCGAACAAAUGGGAGGAAAGGGCCAUUCGGUGUGGCGAUUGCAUACAUGACACGCAGUUCACACAAGAAUGCUGCGAAGCUUUAUGCAUGCUUCUUUGUUGUUGUCUAGGGCUGAAGAAUGAUUCCGAUUGA